AUGGGUAGCAACAUUGAGACGAAUACAUAUUCUCUACAUCUAGAUCACAAUUCACCUCUUUUCAACUACUACCCAUUUGCUGACCCUUGGGCUGUGCCGGACCUCACGACCGGCUGGGCUCCAUGGAAUAGUGUCUCAGGAGGAUAUGAUCCAUCACUUCCUGUUCCAACAUCACUCGACCAGGGUAGAUGGUGUCAGCGCACACAACAAGACGGAGCACAGCUCGAGCUUUACUUCACAGGAUCUUCUGUUAUUCUAUAUGGAGAAGUAGAAAGAACAAACUAUGAUAUCUGGAUAGACGGCAAGUUGAGCGCGGGCACAGCAAAUAAUGGGCGGCUGGCGGACGUUGAUCUGGAUGAAGGAGAGCAUAGAUUAUUGCUCACAGCGCAUCCUCAGUUCAACGGAUCUGCUUGGGGGAAUAUCUGGUUUUAUGGAGCGGACAUCGGAGUAAGGUUGCCCGACUCACCCAUUGUUCAGGAAGCGAGCACCCAAGUUCAAUUCGGUUCCACAUGGAACGCCAUAUCCGAUCCAGUACUUGGGAAAUAUCACGCUACCACAGCGAGUGGUGCAUCUAUCUCGGUAUCACUUCAUCAAGCGUCGGCAGUCAUGGUAUAUGGUAUUCGAAAUCUAGCGUCCGGUCGGUACAACGUGACACUGGACGGCAAUACAAACACAUUCAUUUCAAAAGCAUCAUUUCCCAGCCAAUCACUUUUGUUCGCCGCAUUGGAUCUCGACUUCACAAAGGACCAUAACCUUACCAUCACCAACGUGGACGGAAGUACAUUGGGUAUUUCCUCUGUCAAUGUCACAACAGCAACACCACGUCCGGUCAAUAUUACUAAGGGUGGUGUACCAAAAGGAACCGUGAUUGCCCUCAUUACAGCAGUUUCGGUGGUCCUUUUGAUGCUGGUUGUCGCUACCGUCUGCGCCUUCACCCGUAGGAAACUACGUGCGAAAAGAAGAGCUCGUCAACGCUUCCAGUUCAUUGGGCCCACAAAGUAUCAACCUUUUACUCGCGAUCCAUCUCUCAAAUUCGACGACGCCGUUACAGUGAAGACAGCUCGGUCACCAUCUAUGGUAAUCAUUGGUGACCCACGCCACUCGUAUGAGCCUACUGUACAACUAGACUCUGAUGGCGAGGAUGAUGACGGGUCCUACUACUUUGUGCAACGGCCGCUUCUUGGGAACAGUAGCACCCCUUCCCUCGAUCUCACCUUGGGCUCCGAAUUCCACGUUGAAUUCCCCAGUGGCUCAGAUGCCAGUAGGCAUCCCUCACGUGCCUCGAAGAAACCUUCGUCCCAUGGAAGUCGCUCGACUCGUCACCAGAGACAGGGAUCGUCCGAGCAAACAAAUUUCCUACACGUUCAAGGCUCUACCCAUUCUUCCGACGAAAAUUUCAAGAGGUCAGGAUCAAAGAGUAGCUCAGAGAGCGGGAAACAUCAAAGCCGCAUUCGUUUCUCUCUCCCGGCAAACAUGCCCCCACCACCUCUUAGAACGGCUACAAGUCCGGGACGACCGAUGCGCAAGAGCUACCAACGCUCGAGUCGGAGUACGGGCGUUGUGGGCGAGCCAGUUUCGCCCGCUGAAUCAUUGCCAUUUACAGUUGGAACCUCGGUUGCCUUCGAGCAUCCGGACAGCACCGGGCGACCUUCUGAAGAAAGUAUACCCUUUUCCUCCGAAGGAACCUUUGCCCAGCACGUCCGUGAUCCGUCGGAGUCCUUCAGCCGUGUAUAUCACGACAGUCCUGGGCUUAUACCAGCCUCAGCUUCCCAACUACAUGAUUCCUAA